CAAAGUCCCCCCUCUGUUGGAUCCGGAGUCCGUCAGGAGAAGGUGGCAGAGAGCCUCAGCUCCCACCUGCGCUCGAUUUUUCUCUCCCCCUCUCCUUAUUAUCAUGAAGAGACAAAACGCCAGGACUCUCGCCCUCAUCAUGAGCAUCCUCACCUACCUGGUGGUCGGAGCGGCCGUCUUCGAGACCCUGGAGUCGAAGCAGGAGAAAAGUCACAAGAGGAAGCUCGACGCCAGAAAGUACGAACUCAUGCGCAAAUAUAACUUGACCAAAGAGAACUUCGAAGAGCUCGAGCACGUCGUUUUACAGCUCAAUCCUCACAAAGCAGGACUCCAGUGGAAAUUUGCUGGGUCCUUUUACUUCGCCAUCACUGUGAUUACGACGAUAGGUUAUGGCCACGCGGCGCCGAGCACCGACUCAGGGAAAGUGUUCUGCAUGUUCUACGCCCUCCUAGGGAUCCCGCUGACCCUGGUCAUGUUCCAGAGUCUGGGCGAGAGGAUCAACACGUUUGUCAGAUACCUGCUGCACCAAGCCAAGAAGUGCCUGGGAAUGCGUCACACCGAGGUCUCCAUGGCAAACAUGGUGACGGUGGGCUUCUUCUCCUGUAUGAGCACCCUGUGCGUGGGGGCUGUGGCAUUCUCUCACUCGGAGGGAUGGAGCUUUUUAAAUGCCUUCUACUACUGCUUCAUUACACUCACCACUAUUGGCUUCGGAGACUACGUGGCUCUGCAGAAGAAUGAGGCCCUGCAGAAUGACCCUCAAUAUGUGGCUUUCUGCUUUGUUUACAUCCUCACGGGCCUGACGGUGAUUGGAGCGUUCCUAAACCUGGUGGUGCUUCGCUUCCUGACCAUGAACACUGAGGAUGAACGCAGGGACGCCAAGGAGAAGGCGUUGCUCUCUGUCAGUAAGCCCAGAGGAGAGGUGGCUCAUCUGUUACCAGUCUCAAUAUCAGCUUCCUCCACACCUGUAGCAGAUAACACCACAAAGGCUAAAGAUUUCAAAGGUGUCUACACUGAAGUGCUUCAAUUCCAGACUAUUUGCUCCUGCUUAUGGUACAGGAGCGAGGAGAAGGAGCAGGACUCCAUACCCAACAUGAUCCCUCAGGAGAUGACAUUCUCCGAUGCCUACUUGCAGCAGAACAAUGACUGUGCUCACUACAUGGAGCCUGGCUCAACAGGCUGCGUUUGCAGUCCACGUCAGUGCACGAGCAUAAGCCCAAUAUCAGGCCUACACAUUUUCUCUCCAUUCAGGAUGUUUAAGAGACGCAGCUCCGUGUAGCCUUUUCAGCACAACAGAUUUCAUUACAGCAUAAUUUAUCUAUAACUGCCAAGUGGGCAGCAGAUACUUGGCAGUCCUCAGCAAAGACAUGACUGCAAGUCGAUGUUUGUGGUGCUACAAUCCCAGUAAUCCAGAAGCAUAACGUGCAAAAAGGGAAAAAAAAGCACAUAGAGUACUGUAAACACAAAUAUAUAUAUUUGAGAAACAUCACGCAGUGUUUUUAACUGAGGUGUUAUUCGAGGGCAUCCAGUAUGCUUUGAGGAAUCCUGUAGGUGUGUCGAAAUCGAUCUGGUUAGCUGCACAUGAACAAUACGUCUGCGCAGUGUGUAGGUAAGAGCAGAGGCUUCGGAGCGGUGGCACAGUGAAAGGGUGACAUAAAAAAAUGAAUAAAUGAUUAAAACCUGUCAGUCAGCAGCUCUCAAAAGCUAAACUUUGUGUUUUUGGUAAUAAUCUCAGAGGUGCUGAUUCAACUCAGGGGUUAUUUCUUAAUGUUGUAGCUGGUCGGUGUUUUCCUUUGAUAGGCACGCAUCAUGAUGAUUUUCUGGACUUUUUCCACCAUGGUGUUUGUGACUGGGCUCGUAUCAGUUGCCUUAUGUCGCCCUGAAACAAAUCGUGAUUGUCAAAGCUUCAGAAAAGCUGAUGCAUACCAGAAAUUUCAUGUGACUCAUGUGUAGCUGCCCCUGGUGUUAUGACUUCUAGGGCUCUUUGCCCAAAGUACAGGUGCAUCACAGACACUACUAAAUUACGUAACGUGACAAGUGGGUAGGUUAAAAAAUAAAUCACAUCUCAAGCGCAGUUAAAAAAAUCCAUUUGGAAAUAAGUGCGGUGAUCACAAGUAGACACUUAUCGGCGCUGAGCGAAACGCUCUCAACUGGAUUAGUUGUGUAACACUGAAAGCACUAUUUUAAAAAUUACUUGUGGGAAGAAGCAAGAACUCCAACAGCCCCAUCAAAAAGGAGCAUUGCCAACUUUCUAUAUGUGCUUUAUUCAUGUCCCCGUGAACAUUAAAAUCAAAGCUCCUGUGUGUUUAGAUCGAGACUUAGACAGAUAAUUUUCCAAAUACAGUAAACACCUGGUGACAUUGCCAAGAUACCUGCUAAGUGGCAGGAGUUUGUUAAAACGCUGAUACCUUUUUACCCCCUAAAGCUCACUUAUUAACAAGCAUUCUGUUUCACUGACUUUUUUGUACAAACGAAAAAGUGUCAAAUGUCAAGCUGUGAACAGCUUUUUAGUUCAUGUGCCAAGCCAAGUAAUCACCUCCCAUUAAACCACAAAUUGUAUUUUUUACACUGAUUAAAUAAAAGAAUUGUUUUAAUGUUUACAUGUUUGAGCCACUUAGAAGUAAUUUAGAAUUAAGGGAAUAGAUCUAAGCCAAAAACCUGAGAUCUAAGACAGAUAUGAAGCACACCUCUGGAUCAAAAAGUAGAAGCAGGCUAUUUGAGCAGCAGCUUGGAGUGGCAGCUGGUACGGGGUACAGUGGAUAAUAAGCUGGUUGCCAAUCACAGACAAUUAUGUCACAAUGGGCUGAGCCUGGGUGAUUGAUGGAAAAGGAAAAAUCCACCCUCAGCUAGUAUUUCCUGUGUUUCUGAACCCAGUCUGGUGCUUAGUGGUGUAUUUUUCUGUGGGCGACAUGAUGCGAUGUCACACUCAGUUUAUUUCCAGCAGCUUCAAUAGAUGAUUAACUUCUUAAGGUAUUUCAUUUAUUUAAGAAAAAAAAAAGCAGUAAAAAAUUUUUUUAUUGAUUUUUGGAUGGAUGCAGAAAUUUAUUGAAACAUGCAAAUGUAAUAUAGAAAAUAGGGCAAAAACAGAGUCUCUCGCUCAGAUUUUGCCAAUGACCACAGUGAUUCUUUAAAACAGCCUGAACUCUCUAAAGCAGAAUUCCUUCUCAUUUCUUUGUGUAGUCUUCAGGAAUAUUUCUCCAGGCUUCUUGAGGAACAUUCAAAUUUCCUUUUGGGUUGUUGACUCCCUUUUGUUCUGUUCAGUGUCAAGACGAUCCCACACAGCUUCAAUAAUGUUGGUGUCCGGGAUCUGGGGAGGCUGAUCCUCGACUGAUAGUGUUCCAGGUAUGUUUUCGCUGCACUGGGAUUGUGUUUGGGAUCAUUGUCAUGCAGAAAAACGAAGCCGUUUCCAAGCAGACACUUUCUAGAUGGUAUUAUAUGGUGGAUCAAAAUCUGAUGAUCUCUAAGUGAUGAAAUCUGUGUUCACAUUUCCAUCAAUUUUAACAAGAUCCCCAACACCACUGGCUGAAAUGUAGUACCAAACCAUCAAAGAGUCUCCAAAAUGUUUCACAGAUGGCUGUACGCACUCACAAGACCAUGCCUUUCCUUGCUGCUUCCUUUCCUUAAGAAUUACUUCUUGACAGUCUGGCAUUUUUCAUAUAUUCAAUGAAAGAAGUGGGAACUAAUUAUGUGUGUAUUAAGUUAUCUGCUACCUUGGGUUAGGUGCUGUUUUUGUUUGAAUG